UCAACGCGCCUGUUGUUGUUGUGGCUGGAUUCAUUACUGUGGCCAGUGGAAAAAACUGUCAUCAGAGUGUAAUGAUAAUGUUAACAAUGUGGAAAAUUUUUAUUGCGUUCRCAUUGGUGACGUUGCGCGCGACAUUUGUGGCAGCACGCUUGCAUUCGUCCAACAGUCUGAUGUUGCAUGCAGCCGGAGUUGGCGGCGGCAGCGGUGGCAUUGGUGGCCUGACUGGCGGCUCGUUAACCAACAAAGAUGCGCACGUGAAAACAAAAGACAUUGAUGCCGUGGAAGGCAAAUCCGUCUCCCUGCCAUGUCCGAUCAGUGCACCGCUGAGUGACGUUUACAUGGUCUUAUGGUUCCGCGAUAAUGCUGGUAUACCGUUAUACAGCUUUGAUGUGCGCGAUAAAGUGAAUAACGACCAACCGCGGCAUUGGUCAGCGCCGGAGGUGUUCGGUUCUCGUGCCAAAUUUCACUUCGAUUCGCAGCCGGCAACAUUGGAAAUUAAGGAUAUCAAGCGACACGACCAAGGUGUUUACCGCUGCCGCAUCGACUUCCGUACAAGUCAAACGCAAAGCUUCCGCUUCAACCUCACCGUCAUAAUACUUCCCGAACAGCCAAUUAUAUUGGAUCGCUGGGGGCGACAGCUGAAUGGCACGCUGCUCGGACCGAAGCAGGAAGGUGAUGAUAUUGUUAUCACGUGCCGUGUGGUGGGAGGUCGCCCUCAACCUCAAGUACGCUGGCUCGUAAAUGGACUACUUGUCGACAAUCAAUACGAACACAAUUCCGGCGAUGUUAUCGAGAAUAGGCUACUUUGGCCGUCGGUUCAACGGACUGAUUUAAAUUCCGUUUUUACUUGUCAAGCAUUGAAUACACAAUUAGAUAAGCCUAAGGAGAAAAGCUUUUUGCUUGAUAUGCAUUUGAAACCGCUGACGGUGAAAAUAAUUGAGCCACCCAAUUCGAUGGUGGCGGAUCGUCGCUACGAAGUCAUAUGUGAAUCAACCGGUUCACGUCCGAACGCCAUCAUCACCUGGUACAARGGGAAGCGGCAAUUGCGGCGCACAAAGGAUGACAUCUCGAAGAAUGUUACACGCUCUGAGCUGAGUUUUGUGCCCACCACAGAUGAUGAUGGCAAAUCCAUAACUUGUCGCGCUGAAAAUCCAAAUGUGAACGGCCUUUAUUUGGAGACAAUGUGGAAGUUGAAUGUCGUAUAUCCACCAUUGGUAACGCUGCGACUUGGUUCCACCCUCACACCUGAUGAUAUUAAAGAAGGAGACGACGUAUAUUUUGAGUGUCACGUACAAUCGAAUCCUCAAUGGCGGAAGCUCUUGUGGUUGCAUAAUAACAUUCACCUCGAGCAYAACACUUCCGCUCGCGUCAUACGCUCCAAUCAGAGUUUGGUACUGCAGAAAAUCACCAAACACUAUGCAGGAAAUUAUGCUUGCAGCGCCAUCAACGACGAGGGUGAAACUGUCAGCAACCAACUACCGCUGCGUGUAAAAUACACACCUGUUUGCAAGCAUUUGGAUCGUGUCAUACUAAUUGGCGCCUCAAAGGAUGAAACUGUCGAAGUCACGUGUGAAAUACAAGCGGAUCCGCCCCCCAGAACUUUUCGYUGGAAGUUCAAUAAUUCGGGUGAAACAUUGGAUGUUGGCAGUGAACGCUUUAGCGUAAAUGACAGCAGAAGUGUGCUCAAGUACACACCGAUAUCUGAUCAGGAUUACGGCACUCUGUCCUGUUGGGCUUCCAAUGAAGUUGGUACACAAAAUCAGCCGUGUCUGUUCCAAGUAGUGCUAGCUGCUCUGCCCAAUGGCGUUUCAAAUUGCUCCAUCGUUAAUCGUACGGAUGUCAGUGUMGACAUUCAAUGCAUUCCCGGCUAUGAUGGUGGAUUGCCACAAAUUUUCGUGCUCGAGAUGUUCUCAGCCCGCACAGGACUAACAAGAUUUAAUUUGACCAACAUUGAGGAGCCACAGUUUUCUCUGGAAAAUCUCGAUACAUUGACAUCAAUGAUGACACAGGAGAACAACUCUCUGAAAYUGCGUAUUUAUGCUUACAAUCAGAAGGGCCGUAGUCCUUUGUAUCUGCUGUCGGAUUUCAUUAUUGGCUCGUCAGCAUACAAAUCAGAUGAUGUAUCCAUUACGCUGUCGCCGGUGCUGGUUGGCAGUGGUCUUACCGUUGUCAUCAUUAGUUUGGCCAUCAUUGUGCGCAUAUUCAUUGUAACAUUUUUGCAUAAUUUGCGACGCAAUCAGCAGCACAGCAGCAAACCUAUAGCGACCGGUGUGGCAGCGCAGGCUGGCGAUGUGCUGAAGUGCGGUGGCAUGGAAAAACCGCGUUGGCAGCAUACGGACAUUAAAACUAAAUCAUCCGAAGAUCUGGUGGAAGAUGAACGAGAUCCGGAUGUUAUACCAUCCCAAUACGUUACGGCUGGCAAUAGUAAUGGCGUCGGCGGUGGUGGUGGCAGCAGCGGAGGAAGCGGCAACGGCAGUAGCAACAGCGGUGGUGGCGGCGGCGGAAGUGGCAACGUUGGCAGUUCUGAGCUACACUUCACACCAAUAGCAGCCACAAAGUGGUCACCAAAUUCCAAACACCUUCCUGCAACCGCAUAUGACAAUAUCACGCAGCUCGUCGCUGCUAAUCAAAUCACAGCACGUACAACACAUCUACACUCGGGCCCAACUGCAGAUCCCAAUGGCAGUAGCAGUAGUGUCAUAGUCAAUGCUGUGGACACUGGCUUACUGCAUCACCAUCAACAGCAGCAAUUGCUGAACGCAAAAGCAGCAGGAGCCGCUGCCGGUGCCGCUGCCGGAGCUGCAACGGUGGUCACAGCGACCCAUUCAGCGAAUGGCCUAAAUGAGGUACUAAUCGGUUCACCCACCGCCGCGUACAAUGCCACCCAUCAGCAGCAGCAGCARCAACAACAGCAAUUGCAGGGYGCUGGCAGUGGCGGCACGUUGCCACCCGGUUUGGGCGGUGGCAGCGCUUACAUACUCAACAGUCUCAUCAAUAGUAAUGAGAGUUGCAAUAGCAACGGUAGCAUCAGUGGCAGCAACGGUGGAUUGCAUCAUAAUGUAGUUGGCGGCACUAUAGGUCGUGCAACAAUGCUGCAUCACCACCAACAGCAGUCACACCAUCCGCUACCCGUGCCACAUCCACUCGCAUACAAUACCCUCGCCGGCACAACGGGUGUGAGUGCCAAUGGACGUCACCAUCAUAGCGCAUUGCCGUCGAUGUUGCUCACCUCACAGACGUCGGCGUCGUUAAGUGGGAUCGGGCUGUUACUGAAUGCCAGCAAUAAUAAUAGUAGUAGUAGUGGUGGUGCCAGCGGUCUGGGGCUGAGUAUGACGGGCGCGGCAACGGCAUCUGCGGCCUCUACAGCAACGACGUCCUGCAAUUCGUCCAGCGACUUGGAUGACAACAUAAAUAUAAAUGCCAUCAAGGAUUGCUUAAUGACACAGCGUGUGCCCGAAAGCUGCGUCUGAGCUGGCAAUUUAUGCAGUGCGCCGAGAAAGGCGCCAAGCAAGUCCUACAAGUGUGUGCUGCGACGUGAAGUCCGUGUUGUAAGAACUCUCGUAAAAUGGUAUGUAUGAAUGUGUGCCGCAAGCAAGUGUAUGCCGUGUAUUGAAAAAAAAAAAGAUAAUAAUAAUAAUAAAAUAAAGUCAAAGUACGAAAUGUAUAGUGAAAUAGCUUACAAAGUAAAAGUWUGAGGCAUGAAAAUAUGUAAUGAAAUAUGUAAGUAAAGAUAUACCAAUAAGUCCACACCAGUAUAAAUAAAUAGAUAUGUAUAAAGGUAAAACAAUGAAGUUGCGCUAUAACACUACAUUGGCUAAGUGGYUCUGAGCUGCUACCUGCUUCAGUACGUCCUUGAUAAAUUGUAUUAGGCAUUAAGUGCAGUUAGAUUGAUGAGCGAGUAAAAAGUUUCCUUGCAAUUAGCACUAGCGCUGGAAGAAAUAAUGACAAAUUUUUGCGGACGAAUGAUUAAGUAGAGUUAGCAAUUUCAUUUCUCAAAAUUCUAUAUAAACUUAAAUAGUCCACGACAUCAACUCUGAAUAAUGCAAMCCAAUCACUGCGGUGCGUUCGUUUGAUUGCAAAUCUCCAAAGGCUUCAGAAAAUAUUAUAUUAAAAUGUUAAUAUUGUUUAGCUUUCAGUGUCAAGCCGAAGAUUAAACCAAAGAAAUCGGACAACUAWAUCAUGUUGUUGCCAUACAAAYUGAAURAUCAGAAUAAAGGGAUAAAGAGAAGACUUUUUMAUUUUUMAUUUUUUAUCUUCACAAAAUUURAUAUGUGGUAUUACAUAAGGAAAUAGUGACAUCACAGCAGAAAAUAUUUGGAUCAGAUCACUAUAGAUUAUAGCUGCCAUAUAAACUGAACGACCGUUUAUGUAAUCUCCGAAGAAAUAGCUCAGUUUGAACAACUGGACAUAAAAASUGAACUGUCGGAAUCAAGGGCUCUUAUGGAAAACGGGUUCAUUUCACGAGAUAUCCUCACGAAAUUUGAUUUUUUAUCUAAAGUAAUAAUGCAUUCUCCGAAAGAUUUGUUUGGGUCACUGUAGCUGACAUCGACGGUGCUGACAAAUGCGAUAAUGUCUUGGAUAGAAAAAGACGUGCGCAAAAUUUCAAAUCGACAUCUCAAAAAUAAAGGCACUAUUUCGUGUAUAUGCAAACAGACAGAUGAUCUCCGACGUUUCCUGCUGRGGGUUUAAGCUUCGUUGCAAACUUGAUACACCCUCUUCGGGUUGUAAAAAUAAGUUCGUCUCUUCAUUUU